CACCGGUUGGGGCACCAUCGGAUCUGGAGUACCCCUUCCUUCCCCACAAAACCUAAUGGAGGUGGAGGUUCCUGUUGUUGGGAACAGACAGUGUAACUGUGACUAUGGAGUGGGCGAAAUCACCAACAACAUGAUCUGCGCUGGGUUACGUGCUGGAGGGAAGGACUCCUGUCAGGGGGACUCAGGUGGUCCGAUGGUAACAAAGACAGGAAGUGUCUGGGUCCAGGCUGGAGUUGUGAGCUUUGGAAAAGGUUGUGCGGAGCCUAAUUUCCCAGGAGUCUACGCCAGAGUGUCUGAGUAUCAGUCCUGGAUCAACAGCCAAAUCACCAGCGACGAGCCAGGCUUCGUCACCUUCACGUCCAAUGGGACUGACAGUGACCUCAGUGUCAGCUGUUCCGGCCUGCCGCUACCUCCAACCACCCUCCCUCCAACAACAGUCAAUCAGUCUCACUCACAACUAGAUGUGUGCGGUCGGCCUGCGCUCAACACCAGGAUUGUUGGAGGACAGGCGGCCCCUAAUGGCAGCUGGCCCUGGCAGGCCAGUCUGCAAAGUUCUGGAUUUCACUUCUGCGGAGGAUCCCUCAUUAACAAAGAAUGGGUGCUGACGGCUGCUCACUGCUUCUCAAGCACCAGCACAGCGGGUUUGGCUGUGGUCCUCGGUCUCCAGAGUCAAGAGGGGUCCAACCCCAAUGCAGUGUCUCGAACGGUCUCUCAGAUCAUCAAUCAUCCCAGCUACAACCCUAGCACUAAUGACAACGACAUCUCCCUCCUGAAGCUCUCCUCACCGGUUACUUUCAACGACUUCAUUGUGCCAGUGUGCCUGGCAGCCUCAGACAGCACUUUCAACGACGGCGUGGACACCUGGAUCACCGGCUGGGGCAACAUCGGAUCUGGAGUACCCCUUCCUUCCCCACAAAACCUAAUGGAGGUGGAGGUUCCUGUUGUUGGGAACAGACAGUGUAACUGUGACUAUGGAGUGGGCACAAUCACCAACAACAUGAUCUGCGCUGGGUUACGUGCCGGAGGGAAGGACUCCUGUCAGGGGGACUCAGGUGGUCCUAUGGUAACAAAGACAGGAAGUGUCUGGGUCCAGGCUGGAGUUGUGAGCUUUGGUUUUGGUUGUGCGGAGCCUAAUUUCCCAGGAGUCUACGCCAGAGUGUCCGAGUAUCAGUCCUGGAUCAACAGCCAAGUCACCAGCGACCAGCCAGGCUUCGUCACCUUCACGUCCAAUGGGACUGACAGUGACCUCAGUGCCAACUGUUCCGGCCUGCCGCCACCUCCAACCACCCUCCCUCCAACAACAGUCAAUCAGUCUCAAUCACAACUAGAUGUGUGCGGUCGGCCUGCGCUCAACACCAGGAUUGUUGGAGGACAGGCGGCCCCUAAUGGCAGCUGGCCCUGGCAGGCCAGUCUGCAAAGUUCUGGAUUUCACUUCUGCGGAGGAUCCCUCAUUAACAAAGAAUGGGUGCUGACGGCUGCUCACUGCUUCUCAAGCACCAGCACAGCGGGUUUGGCUGUGGUCCUCGGUCUCCAGAGUCAAGAGGGGUCCAACCCCAAUGCAGUGUCUCGAACGGUCUCUCAGAUCAUCAAUCAUCCCAGCUACAACCCUAGCACUAAUGACAACGACAUCUCCCUCCUGAAGCUCUCCUCACCGGUUACUUUCAACGACUUCAUUGUGCCAGUGUGCCUGGCAGCCUCAGACAGCACUUUCAACGACGGCGUGGACACCUGGAUCACCGGCUGGGGCAACAUCGGAUCUGGAGUACCCCUUCCUUCCCCACAAAACCUAAUGGAGGUGGAGGUUCCUGUUGUUGGGAACAGACAGUGUAACUGUGACUAUGGAGUGGGCACAAUCACCAACAACAUGAUCUGCGCUGGGUUACGUGCCGGAGGGAAGGACUCCUGUCAGGGGGACUCAGGUGGUCCUAUGGUAACAAAGACAGGAAGUGUCUGGGUCCAGGCUGGAGUUGUGAGCUUUGGUUUUGGUUGUGCGGAGCCUAAUUUCCCAGGAGUCUACGCCAGAGUGUCCGAGUAUCAGUCCUGGAUCAACAGCCAAGUCACCAGCGACCAGCCAGGCUUCGUCACCUUCACGUCCAAUGGGACUGACAGUGACCUCAGUGCCAACUGUUCCGGCCUGCCGCCACCUCCAACCACCCUCCCUCCAACAACAGUCAAUCAGUCUCAAUCACAACUAGAUGUGUGCGGUCGGCCUGCGCUCAACACCAGGAUUGUUGGAGGACAGGCGGCCCCUAAUGGCAGCUGGCCCUGGCAGGCCAGUCUGCAAAGUUCUGGAUUUCACUUCUGCGGAGGAUCCCUCAUUAACAAAGAAUGGGUGCUGACGGCUGCUCACUGCUUCUCAAGCACCAGCACAGCGGGUUUGGCUGUGGUCCUCGGUCUCCAGAGUCAAGAGGGGUCCAACCCCAAUGCAGUGUCUCGAACGGUCUCUCAGAUCAUCAAUCAUCCCAGCUACAACCCUAGCACUAAUGACAACGACAUCUCCCUCCUGAAGCUCUCCUCACCGGUUACUUUCAACGACUUCAUUGUGCCAGUGUGCCUGGCAGCCUCAGACAGCACUUUCAACGACGGCGUGGACACCUGGAUCACCGGCUGGGGCAACAUCGGAUCUGGAGUACCCCUUCCUUCCCCACAAAACCUAAUGGAGGUGGAGGUUCCUGUUGUUGGGAACAGACAGUGUAACUGUGACUAUGGAGUGGGCACAAUCACCAACAACAUGAUCUGCGCUGGGUUACGUGCCGGAGGGAAGGACUCCUGUCAGGGGGACUCAGGUGGUCCGAUGGUAACAAAGACAGGAAGUGUCUGGGUCCAGGCUGGAGUUGUGAGCUUUGGUUUUGGUUGUGCGGAGCCUAAUUUCCCAGGAGUCUACGCCAGAGUGUCCGAGUAUCAGUCCUGGAUCAACAGCCAAGUCACCAGCGACCAGCCAGGCUUCGUCACCUUCACGUCCAAUGGGACUGACAGUGACCUCAGUGCCAACUGUUCCGGCCUGCCGCCACCUCCAACCACCCUCCCUCCAACAACAGUCAAUCAGUCUCACUCACAACUAGAUGUGUGCGGUCGGCCUGCGCUCAACACCAGGAUUGUUGGAGGACAGGCGGCCCCUAAUGGCAGCUGGCCCUGGCAGGCCAGUCUGCAAAGUUCUGGAUUUCACUUCUGCGGAGGAUCCCUCAUUAACAAAGAAUGGGUGCUGACGGCUGCUCACUGCUUCUCAAGCACCAGCACAGCGGGUUUGGCUGUGGUCCUCGGUCUCCAGAGUCAAGAGGGGUCCAACCCCAAUGCAGUGUCUCGAACGGUCUCUCAGAUCAUCAAUCAUCCCAGCUACAACCCUAGCACUAAUGACAACGACAUCUCCCUCCUGAAGCUCUCCUCACCGGUUACUUUCAACGACUUCAUUGUGCCAGUGUGCCUGGCAGCCUCAGACAGCACUUUCAACGACGGCGUGGACACCUGGAUCACCGGCUGGGGCAACAUCGGAUCUGGAGUACCCCUUCCUUCCCCACAAAACCUAAUGGAGGUGGAGGUUCCUGUUGUUGGGAACAGACAGUGUAACUGUGACUAUGGAGUGGGCACAAUCACCAACAACAUGAUCUGCGCUGGGUUACGUGCCGGAGGGAAGGACUCCUGUCAGGGGGACUCAGGUGGUCCGAUGGUAACAAAGACAGGAAGUGUCUGGGUCCAGGCUGGAGUUGUGAGCUUUGGUUUUGGUUGUGCGGAGCCUAAUUUCCCAGGAGUCUACGCCAGAGUGUCCGAGUAUCAGUCCUGGAUCAACAGCCAAGUCACCAGCGACCAGCCAGGCUUCGUCACCUUCACGUCCAAUGGGACUGACAGUGACCUCAGUGCCAACUGUUCCGGCCUGCCGCCACCUCCAACCACCCUCCCUCCAACAACAGUCAAUCAGUCUCACUCACAACUAGAUGUGUGCGGUCGGCCUGCGCUCAACACCAGAAUUGUUGGAGGACAGACGGCCCCUAAUGGCAGCUGGCCUUGGCAGGCCAGUCUGCAAAGUUCUGGAUUUCACUUCUGCGGAGGAUCCCUCAUUAACAAAGAAUGGGUGCUGACGGCUGCUCACUGCUUCUCAAGCACCAGCACAGCGGGUUUGGCUGUGGUCCUCGGUCUCCAGAGUCAAGAGGGGUCAAACCCCAAUGCAGUGUCUCGAACGGUCUCUCAGAUCAUCAAUCAUCCCAGCUACAACCCUAGCACUAAUGACAACGACAUCUCCCUCCUGAAGCUCUCCUCACCGGUUACUUUCAACGACUUCAUUGUGCCAGUGUGCCUGGCAGCCUCAGACAGCACUUUCAACGACGGCGUGGACACCUGGAUCACUGGCUGGGGCAACAUCGGAUCUGGAGUACCCCUUCCUUCCCCACAAAACCUAAUGGAGGUGGAGGUUCCUGUUGUUGGGAACAGACAGUGUAACUGUGACUAUGGAGUGGGCACAAUCACCAACAACAUGAUCUGCGCUGGGUUACGUGCCGGAGGGAAGGACUCCUGUCAGGGGGACUCAGGUGGUCCGAUGGUAACAAAGACAGGAAGUGUCUGGGUCCAGGCUGGAGUUGUGAGCUUUGGUUUUGGUUGUGCGGAGCCUAAUUUCCCAGGAGUCUACGCCAGAGUGUCCGAGUAUCAGUCCUGGAUCAACAGCCAAGUCACCAGCGACCAGCCAGGCUUCGUCACCUUCACGUCCAAUGGGACUGACAGUGACCUCAGUGCCAACUGUUCCGGCCUGCCGCCACCUCCAACCACCCUCCCUCCAACAACAGUCAAUCAGUCUCACUCACAACUAGAUGUGUGCGGUCGGCCUGCGCUCAACACCAGGAUUGUUGGAGGAGAGGUGGCACCUAAUGGCAGCUGGCCCUGGCAGGCCAGUCUGCAAAGAUCUGGAUUUCACUUCUGCGGAGGAUCCCUCAUUAACAAAGAAUGGGUGCUGACGGCUGCUCACUGCUUCUCAAGCACCAGCACAGCGGGUUUGGCUGUGGUCCUCGGUCUCCAGAGUCAAGAGGGGUCCAACCCCAAUGCAGUGUCUCGAACGGUCUCUCAGAUCAUCAAUCAUCCCAGCUACAACCCUAGCACUAAUGACAACGACAUCUCCCUCCUGAAGCUCUCCUCACCGGUUACUUUCAACGACUUCAUUGUGCCAGUGUGCCUGGCAGCCUCAGACAGCACUUUCAACGACGGCGUGGACACCUGGAUCACUGGCUGGGGCAACAUCGGAUCUGGAGUACCCCUUCCUUCCCCACAAAACCUAAUGGAGGUGGAGGUUCCUGUUGUUGGGAACAGACAGUGUAACAGUGACUAUGGAGUGGGCACAAUCACCAACAACAUGAUCUGCGCUGGGUUACGUGCCGGAGGGAAGGACUCCUGUCAGGGGGACUCAGGUGGUCCUAUGGUAACAAAGACAGGAAGUGUCUGGGUCCAGGCUGGAGUUGUGAGCUUUGGUUUUGGUUGUGCGGAGCCUAAUUUCCCAGGAGUCUAUGCCAGAGUGUCCGAGUAUCAGUCCUGGAUCAACAGCCAAAUCACCAGCGACCAGCCAGGCUUCGUCACCUUCACGUCCACUGGGACUGACAGUGACCUCAGUGCCAGCUGUUCCGGCCUGCCGCCACCUCCAACCACCCUCGCUCCAACCACCCUCGCUCCAACCAACCUCCCUCCAACCACCCUCCCUCCAACAACCACAGUCAUGCCUGUGGUCUGCGGUAGUGCCCCAGUCAAUUCACGUAUUUUGGGAGGAAGCUCGGUGGCGACUGCUGGCAUGUGGCCGUGGAUGGCGAGCCUUCAGAAGAAUGGAAGUCAUGUGUGUGGCGGGACUCUAGUGGCUGUGGACUCAGUGCUGAGCAACGCCAACUGCUUCUCAAGUUCACCUACAGCAUCUGAAUGGACUGUGGUCUUGGGCCGUUUGAAACAGAAUGGAUCCAACCCCUUUGAGGUGACACUGAAUGUGACAAAUAUCACCCUAAGCACCCUGACCGGGUCUAAUGUAGCAGUGCUGCAUCUGGCGGCCCGGCCCACCCUGUCCAACUACAUCCAGCCCAUCUGCCUGGACAACGGACAGACCUUCACUGUGGGCUCCACAUGCUGGGCUGCUGGCUGGAGCUCUGGGCGAGGAGGGGUGGAACAAGUUCUGCAGCAGUUCCAGACCUCGGUGGUAAAUUGUGGGAAUGCAUCAACCAGUGACAACAUUUGUACAGGAUCUUUUACACUGGAACAGGAUGAUUCUGGGGGUCCGAUGAUGUGUCAGAUAGACGGCUCUUGGUUCCAGGCAGUUGUGUUGUCAGGCAACAACACCACCACCAAUCAAACACGAGCAGAUCCGGUGAUGGUCUUCACCAAACUGAGCCGCUAUCAGAGCUUCCUGGCUCAGACUGUGGGAGCAUUCUUAUCUCCAGCCUCCACCAACAGCACCGCACCUAACAGCACUGUGUCCACCACCCAGACCACCACGACCACCAGCGGGGGCUCACCUGCUCACCCCUUCUUCUUCUUCUUCCAUCUCUUUGUCUUCUCUGCGUUCCUCCACCUCACCUUAUAGGAACCUACCUUUACCUCUAAAUAGGUUUAUAUGAUGUGACGGGCACAAAUGAAUGUGAACAACCAUGAGAGACAAUAAAGGCUUAACGCUGCAUUAACUAA